AUGGCGUGUCUGGCCAUGCCAUUUUGCGCGCUCUUGGUUUCCGAUGCACAACACACAAGAGGUCUCGCGCCCAUGUGGCACUCUGCCACGCACCCAGCUCAGGCCCUGGAAGCUUCAACGGUGCCGGCUCGGCUCCGGCACAGGAUGUGUACCGACGAAUGUUAUACCGAGGUGGCUAAGUGCUUCUGGUCGGCCUGCGAAACCGCUGCCAUUUACGAGGAAGAACACCAGAAUGGUGCUGGCGAUGGGGGUUUCUUGUGUAAGUUUGGCCCGCUGAUCUUGGCUGACCCGAUGCAGAAGCGUCUUACGGAUUACAUACACUACAUGGGCCGGACUGCGCUGUCGACGCGCCCGCGCGCACUUUCAACGCGCAUGUACGAGGUUUCGACCGGUCUGCAGCAUCAAUGCUCUUUACCCGGGCCCUCGGCCGUCCGGGCGGUACUCGAGGUAUCGCCCAUUCGAUACGGAGGACUCGAUCCACAUACCAACUGUAGAAUGGUUCCUUACGAGACGCACCACACUACGGAAAGAUGCCCGAUCAAGGAGUAUAAUAGGUUCGAACUGAUUGCAGUGCCGGGGAAGUAG